GAUGAUGCAUCCACCGAGAAUCCAGCAGCACAAUCAGUCACUGAAAAAGUACGUCUACCGGAACCAAAAGCGUCACCAGCUCAAUCACCAAAGCCGAAACCGUCACCAGUCCAAAUUCCCACCCCACCACCGCCUGCGCCGGCUUUACCGAAACCAGAAAGCCCACACGAACCUGAACCGGGAAAGCCAGUAGGCGCACCUUUGCCGGCGAAGCCUCCACCCGAGCCAGAAAAGCCAGCGACUGGAGCUAAAUCCAAAUCAGUCUCAAGUAAAGCUGAUGAUGCAUCCACCGAGAAUCCAGCAGCACAAUCAGUCACUGAAAAAGUACGUCUACCGGAACCAAAAGCGUCACCAGCUCAAUCACCAAAGCCGAAACCGUCACCAGUCCAAAUUCCCACCCCACCACCGCCUGCGCCGGCUUUACCGAAACCAGAAAGCCCACACGAACCUGAACCGGGAAAGCCAGUAGGCGCACCUUUGCCGGCGAAGCCUCCACCCGAGCCAGAAAAGCCAGCGACUGGAGCUAAAUCCAAAUCAGUCUCAAGUAAAGGUAAGCCAGAAAAUGCAGUCGCCAGUUACUUCUGCUUUAGCUAG